AAAUUGGAGUUAACAAUUGUUUCUCUCCCUUGCUUCUGUAUAUCUUUACAAGCCUCUGUAACUUAAAAAUUUCUUGUAGCUUGAACUUGCUAUAUAUACUCCAUAGGAGAAGAACAAAGCUACCACAAAGGCAAUAUCUUUGCGCAUCUUUGUCACUUCUUGUAUCUCUUUCUUGUUCUCAUCUCUCCUCCCUUUUCAUUCUUAGCUGUCUUUCUAGUGGUAAGUAUUUGUGGUAAUGGCUGAGAUCGAUGGGACUAAUGGAAAUGGAAACCAUGGAGGAGUUGUUUUGGAUAUUAAAGAUAAUUAUCCUUCAUCUAGCUCCAUCAAGGAAGUUUCUGUCUUGAACUUUUCUGUGCCUUUCAUGCAAAAGUUGGUAGCUGAGAUAGCCGGAACAUACUUCUUGAUAUUUGCCGGUUGCUCGUCGGUGGCCGUGAAUUUGAACUUUGACAAGGUUGUGACACUUCCAGGAAUAUCAAUAACUUGGGGGCUGGCUGUGAUGGUCUUGGUGUACUCUGUUGGUCAUAUCUCUGGUGCCCAUUUCAACCCUGCUGUCACCCUUGCCUUUGCCACUUGCAAGAGAUUUCCAUGGAAACAGGUUCCGGCUUACGUAGCAUGUCAAGUCAUCGGAGCAACUCUAGCAGCCGGAACAAUCCGAUUACUUUUUCAGGGCGAUCAAGAUCACUUCACAGGAACAAUGCCAGCGGGAUCCAAUCUGCAGUCCUUUGUUGUUGAGUUUAUAAUCACGUUCUACCUCAUGUUCAUCAUUUCCGGCGUCGCCACUGAUAACAGAGCUAUUGGCGAACUGGCUGGACUUGCUGUCGGUUCCACCGUGCUUCUUAAUGUGAUGUUUGCAGGGCCAAUUUCAGGGGCGUCAAUGAAUCCUGCAAGAAGCUUGGGACCUGCAAUUGUGUCCCAUCAAUACAAGGGCCUAUGGAUUUACAUCGUGUCGCCCAUCCUUGGAGCUCAGGCCGGCGCAUGGGUGUAUAAUUUGAUCAGGUACACCGAUAAGCCUCUGCGGGAGAUCACCAAGAGUGCGUCGUUCCUGAAUGGCAAAGAAAGUUCUUGAGAUUGAGAUUGAGAUUGUGGAAUUUGAUGUUUUUAUUCCUUUCUUUUAUAUGGCUACUCUGUUUUCCAAGUGAUGGCAUGUAACUCAAAACCUUAAACAAAGGGAAUUCUUUUUUCUUUUCUUUUUUAAAUUAAGCUUAAUGAGAAGGAAAAAGUUUCAUUAA